UAUGUGAUUGCAGUGAGUGUGUCAUAGUAAAUAAUAAUAAAGUUAUUAUGUCCGAAUGUUCCACUGCCUGCAGGGAGGCUCUUAAAAUCUUUGUUGUACAAAAUGUACUUGUCAGCAGCCUUCUAUUUGAUUCUAAAAAUCUGUAGUAUUACUGCAGCACCCAAAUCUGCACACGCACUGUUAAAAAUGUCCCAAUGUUCUUGCACCUCUAUGUAAACUUUAUUUGCUGGUCAUUUGAAAAUAUAUAUAUCUUUUGUUAUUAAACGUUGGAUACGACGGGGUAUUAGAAAAUAAAAAUGAAAUAAAAUUACGAGAUUAAGCUCUUUACCGCUAAUUUAUUAGAAUAAUAAUUAAAAAAAACUCGCAGUCAACACUUCCCCUUCACACCACCAGAGUGCGCAUUUGCGCUCAGCUCGGUCCGCAGCAGUGUCUCAUGUCAGAGGAAGAAUGUUCGUACAAUGAGGUUCCUGUGUGUAGUGGCUCCACUGUUGCCUGUGUGCGCCACACGGACGAGCGAUUGUCAAUGGACUAUUUCAGACGGACCUCAGUCGCUUUCCCUGCCGUUUCUUUGCCUUUCAGCCGCGUCCCUUCUCCUGACUGCUAAGCUUCAUCCGGCUCUUUUUACUGGAUGGAAGCAGGAAGACGCAGACACACAGUGUAAAGGAGAGAGAAGGAGACAGAAAAAAGGAGUAAAUUCCUGACAGAAAAAUGCCGUGAGUGUUGAAGUUUAGAACGUUUCUUUCUACAUUCCUCUGUUUCUCAGACACCGUCCCUUAGUUUGGACUCGCUGCUGGUCGCCGUAGUCUUAAUGGCUGUUUAAUGGCACAUUGGAGGGAAAGUAGGCAGAAAGAAAAUUGGAUACAAUGAAGUGAGGAGGUCAUAAUAAAUUAAAUUAAUCUGCGAGCAGAGACCGUGGAGAGGGAGCGCAUUCAUUCCAGUUGUGGGGAAACCAUUACACUGCUAAUUACUGUUAUUGCUAGAAUUAAUUGUUAUUAAUAGAAACAGACGUCGUUACAUUGGAGUUUUACUCGGACUUUUAAAUCCUCAUUAGAAAUACAAAAAACGUUUUUUUUUAUUUGACUUUUUUUUAGAUUUAAAAAGACAAUUUAUUUGACAUACAGCAUCAGUUUAAUGAGACAAUUCAGGACAGUUUGUGCGUUCAGCCUGGUUGCUUUUUAACCACAUGGUUCCACCGUCGCCUCCGGACGCAUCGUUCCGUUCCAUGUUCGUUCUGUGGUCCAGUCUCAACUCCGUGGACCUCCGUCGCUGAAUUCACGAGGGCAUGGGAGAAGCCACCCCUGCUCAGUCUUCAUCCGGACCAUUCGUACCCAUGUUGGGUGUCGGUUUAGGAACACUCCCUGUCGGGGUCGCCAACGGGCCGGUGGCGGCCACCUCCAGGGCUCCCGCGGUGCCACAGCUCCACAACGCCAUCGUGGAGCGUCUGCGCGCCCGGAUCGAGCUGUGCAGGAGGCACCACUCUACCUGCGAGAACCGCUACCAGAGAGGUCAGGCUGAGAGUUCUGACCGGGAGCACGAAAGUACGCUUCACCUGCUCAACAUAGUCCAACAGGGCACCGGGAACCGGAAGUCCAAGGGGGGCCGGGGAGCGAACCAGCAACCUCCAGAGUACAGCAGAUCCAACGGGGAGCAGAAGGGCACAGAGGGGGAGCAGAAGGUCUCCACGCGGAUAGCGCUUCAAGGAUCUUUGCGGAGGAAAAUUGAAGGACAAGCUCCAGGACACCUUCUCAAGCAGAAUGGUCUCUCCUGCAAUUUCUCCGGGUCAGACUUUAAGAGGGUCCGUUUGGACACUAGUGGACUGGGACGUGGGCCUUGCAACCAUAUUUCUACCCAGCCUCAUUCCCAUCAGGGGUCAUCGACCAUGGGAAUGCAGAGGAAAAAUUACAUGAUGCCUGUUGGAGUGGGGUCAGACAUGUUCAACAUGACUCUGAAGGAAAUGAAAAAGGAGCCAGUGGAACAGCAGCCGUGCGGUCACUCGAACACAGAGCUGACGUUUGAUUUUAAAGAUGAGGGCGGCGGUCAGAUUGACCCAGAUCUUCAGGAACUGUUUGAUGAGCUGACAAAGACGGUGCCACCUCUGAAUGACCUAGAGUUUGAGAAGAUGCUGAAACAAGACGAUACAUUUGGUCUGGAUCUGGGACGACCAAGCUCAGCUGGUGCAGCUGCAGGCCUGUGCUCACCGUUGGAGAAGCAAAUUAAGACGGAACCCUCCCCAGAUUUUGGGCACGUUCACUGUGGAUCGCCGCAGCUCCGACCAGCCUCUGCAGGCCCCUCUUUCACACUGUCCAGUGUUUCUUCUACUAACACAACACCGAAAGUUUCAACUCAGACAGGAAUCCCAAGAGCCUUGCCCUGCUGGCCAGAAAUAUCCCACGCAGAGCAGCUAAAGCAGAUGGCAGCAAACCAGCAGCAGCCGAGCUCUCUGCUUCAUCACCACCACCAGCCUCCACCUGUAGGAAUGAGCAGCUGGGCUCCUGCCAUGAGCAGCCACGCCACAUCCAACGCCUUCUCCCAAGGCAAGGUCCCCAACGCAGCUCCUCUCAACCAGCAGAGGGUCAGCUCCCAGAGCAAAGGAGUCAACAACUGCCUCUACAAAUCCAAUGGUCACGGUGGCUCCUCCCACUUGGACAUAAAGGUUCUAAGCACCAAACCCACGUUGCACUUUAGUCCUAAAGCACAUCAUCCGGCCAAUCAGCCCAUGCCAAUCCCAGUGAACAAGACGUCAGCUCAGCAGCAAUCCCAGUUAAACUUCCAGAAUCAACAGAUCUCCACAUCAGGGAGCCUCUGUCACCAACCCAAGCCUGGUCAGGCAGGAGUGCCAUUCAGACUGACACAGCAGCGGCAGGGUGUUCCUCCUGGGCCCAGUCUGCCCACAAAUGGCAACAUGGGAGUUCUGUCAGCACAGUCUCAGCCUCAGCCUCAGCCUCGGCCUCCAGCUCCCACCAACCAGCAGAAAGGCCCAGCCAAACCUGCAGUCAUGCACAGGCAGCUCAACCAGGAGCAGCAUAACAUCAGCAGCAACACAGACAAAGACAACGUACACGAUCAGUUCAGUCGCCAUCUGACAAGACCCCCGCCAGAUUACAAACAGUCAAGAAGCAUGGUGGGACUGAAGCAAGGAAACCUCUUCACAGGUCCAAACUCUUCACCUUCCUCCAGCACCGGUCCACAGAAUGACCUACAGGCCAUGUCCUGUCACCUCUCAAGUGGGUCUGGUUCAAAGAUAAGUCCACCAACAUCGGACCGCAGAUUUGGAUUGGGGACUGACUGUCAUCCAAAUUCCUGCAUUGGCCAAUUCAAGCAGCAUAUGAAUCCAAAUAAGCCAAGGUUCCUGGGUCCAAACACUCAAGGAGGCUCCUUUGGGAUGAACAGUGUAGCAGGUGGGCAACAUGUAAGAAGCACAGCCGAUCUUCAUUCCUCAGUGGUGCCAGGGCCGGGUAUGGGCAGCUUGAUGACAAAUGUCAACAUGGCCUGGGCCUCAGCCAACAAGCAAGUGACAACUGGACUUGGCAUACGGCGUUUACCCGCUCCGCUGCAGUCACAGGGUGGGCAGCUGGACAUGCCAAACCUUCAGUACCAACAGCGGCACGUCGGGCCGCCAAACCAAGUAGCACCAGAGGCUGGGAUGCUCUCUCUUAACCCUUCUUUAAGAGACACAGGUCCAAGAGCAGGCCAGUCCUUGAUGGGAUCUCCAUCAGCUGUGGGAAACCCGAGCCAGGCCUCUCCAGAGCAGAGGGUACCUGCAGGCAGCUACGCUGAGCCCAGUCCCUGUUCUAGCAACUUUCACCAGAACAACAGAACCAACCGCCUGACAUUCGAUUUCCUGCCUGAAGGAGACAACACAGUCCCAGGCAUUAACACAGACUCAGAUUUCAUUGACUCUCUACUCAAGUCUGACUCUGGCAAUGACGACUGGAUGAAAGACAUCAACUUAGACGAGAUUCUGGGCAGUCAUUCCUGAGCUCGGUUUUAACUGAGAUUAUGUUCGUGUAGGUGGGAUCAUUUGUAAAUAACGUUAAAAUGGAAUUUUAUAAACCCAUGAAAUUUGUUAACUACAUAUACUGUAUUGUUUUAUAUUGUAUUUACUGUGAAAAGAGUGUGUCCUAUGUCCUUAGUACCCUGAAUAUUUUAUCAUGGUUGAGGAUACAUUUAUUAUCCCCAAGAAAAUGUCUUUCAUUGGAGAAUGUGUUCCAGGUAUUUUUAGGCAGGACAGUAUGCAGUCUUUUGGAAUAGUUUUCAUUAGGUUUAAGACAAGUUUUCUCAAAUAUCUCUCAAGCUGCUCCAGAUCCAACCCCUUGUCUUCCCUUCUCUUCACAGAUUUUCAGUCAGGUUUAAGUCCAGGUCGAACGUAGGACACCAAUUCAGUCAGUCAGUUUCAUUUCUUGCGAAAAUUCUUUUCUGGGUAAAAACAUAAAAAAAAUAACUUUAUAUAAGACUUCUAAUUUAUUCAUCUAAUUUAGCCAAAAUAUACUUCUAGAAUGUGUCAUAUUGUCUCAAGUUGUCUUCAGCAGACAUUGGUCAGUUUGUCUUGGUCCACAAUGUUUUUAAUUGCACAACAAAUUCCCAGAAUUAGCUUCUUCAGCAAGGCCAGAAGUAGCAUGGUCUCUGCUAUUGUUGUUAUUAGUGUUGAGCACAGGGUUACUGGGUUAAAGGUGACAUAGAGGCAGAGCUGACUGUGUCGUCUUACUCAGCUCCGUUCACACAGGGAUGCAAAAGUCCUAGUUUUCAAACGUCUCUACUCUGGGAACAGUAUUCGGAGACCAGAGACUAGAGUUCUCUACUUAACACUUUCUAUUCAUAUAAAUGCAAGGCCAAGACAGUGUAUAGCUCUGGGAUCUGUAGUCAUAUCAUUGCCAUAUAAACACCAACUAAGAGUUUCUGAUUAACCGUUUGGGGCAGUGCGACAAAACCGCAGCACCUGGAGAAACUCCACAAAUGGGGGAAAAAAAUCAACCGGAUAUUGAACUAGCAAACCACUGGCUGUAUAUCUGUGAAGGUGUAAAGCUUUCCAACAACAUGUAUGGCCGUGUGGCAACAUCUAGCCUUGAUCUUUUUUUAUUUAUUUUUUUGGUCACACAGGGACUCGCUGCUCUCUUUGUCCUGGUGUAUGUGUGGGUUUUCUCCAGUUUCCUCCCACAGUCUAAAAACAUGCAGGAUUAGGUAAAUCGUUCAAUCUAAAUUCACUAGCAUUUUGAAUGUGUUCUGUUCUGUUUUAUUUCCAGAAGGCUGAAGUCCAGUACUCUUCUGUAUGAAAGUGCCUGGGACUUAAUGUCAUUUUCUCAGAAGGGCUAAUAACUAUGUGCUCAGCUGUAUUGUAUCCAAUAAAUACCUUUUCUGUGCAAUCCCUAUUAUGGUCUGUUAUUGUCAUGCUACAUUAGAGAUUAACACUUCACACUGUGAGGAGGAAACAUUACUGUGUUGCUUUUAAUGUCAUCUUGAUAAUCCGAGCCUUUAAAUGUCUGUCUUCUCCAGCAUGAAACGGUCCCACGUUCAGAUGCUCACACAGAAUCUUUGGUUCUGUCUCAUGUUACUGUUUAAGCUUUUUGAUCUGUGGUAGAUUUUGAGUUCAGUUUAAUUAAUGUAACCUUUUUUCAUGUGAUAUUUAAUAAUAAUUAUUGGGAUAGUAAUAAAACAUUUUAACACAAGCAACUAAUAAAACUAAUUUGA